UCUGAGGAUAACGAUAUAGAAAGGCUUUCACUCGCAUGACAGUUGCAGGUUUUAAAAGUGUCUGAAUUACCAAAUUGUUUUUACAAACAAUGCGCUAAAAUCUAGACCUCUGACUGAGUCAGGCUGCACAGUUCGAGCGGUUCGAAAUGGGGAGUGACUUCACAUUUAGAGAAGCCACAAUCAGCGACUACCACGACGUUAUGGCUAUAGGGGAAGUCUACAAUGGGGUAGAUUAUCUCCCUUCGCGAUAUGAAGAUAUGAUGCGCUCCCAUAACCACACAGGAUACGUUAGCGUUGUCAAUGGUGAAAUUGUGGCAUUUGUAGCUGCAUGUAUAGUGGACAAUGGCGAGACACUGGUGACCCGCGCGGGCAGGGUCAAUGACAAAUACAGAGGUCAAGGUGUAUACGGCUCAUUGCUCAGGUUCGCCCGGAAGCAGAUUGCGGCUGUUGGUGGUGUUAAGUACGAAGCGUUCACCACACUCUCAAAAAACUUUGAGGAGAACAAAGAUAAAAUUAAAGCAGUGUAUACAGAAAUACUUAUCAAGAAUGCCAUGUAUUACAGAUCAAGAUUCAAGAUCAAGGAUUUCAAAGCCCUACCAAAUGAUUUGAACACUAUGCCGACACUGCUUCAGAAAGCUGACUUGGAAAAUAUAUUUUCUUCAGACGCUACAUGCAAACAUCUUUUUAAAAGUAACAGAAUAGUGUGUGGAUGGGUACCGUUUCGUCUUCUGUCAUCAAACAUUGACUACAUAUUAAAGCCCGAUACUCUCCUGUUAGCUAGCUGCCGCCAUGAUAGGUCAAAUAAUGACGUCAUUUACACGUGCCUCACGGCGGGCAUGCACACCCCGUGUAAACUAGGCUUGGUAUACUCAAUAGAUAUAUUCGGCGGUGACGUCAGCGAAGUGCGUCAUCACAUACAGGUGCACGCUAAGAACCUGCAAAGCGUCGCAGACGAUCGAGAGUGUGCAGUGACUGUAAUGUGGGAGGACAACCUACUUCCUGCAGACGUUGAGAGUAUUUUAAACGGUGUAGACAUGGCCGAACCCACUAGGGCACAGGCUGGCAAAUUGUAUUUAUUGGAAAAACAAUUCCAGUAAUUUACUCCCGUUUGAAAAACAGACCGUCUUUAGGCCCAAAACUGGGUUUGGAUUUAAAUUUUUUCUUAAUAAUCAACAGGAACAAUAUGGAUAUAUAUCAUUCAAAGUAGAAUUCUCAUAAUUGUUGUUUGUUUUUAUGGAAGAAAAUAUAUCUAAACAUAUGGACGUUAUUAAUAUAU